UCUCAUCCAGAAGUCUCUUCCGCUCCGGUCACUCCCGCACGCAGCAGCCUGGAGCGGAUUUACCAACAACAGAAGAACAGAACCCGCUUUCACUGCACCUUUUACCCGCGGAGGAGGGACCGAGAGCAACAACACAAACUUACUUUAUUUAAAUCCUCUGUUCCCUCUUUUUUUCUCCUCUGACCACCGCUGUAUCACUUUAUCCAGUGUGGGCUUCUUCCAGUUUAAUCCGCUCGCUAACUUCACCCCUCCGACGGCUCCUCUCUCCCCGUCACAGACACGCAGACAUGCCGGUGUACCUGGACGACCCGUCUGUUCUCACCAAGGACAAGCUGAAGAGCGAGCUGAUGGCGCACAACGUGGAGCUGCCGGGCGGGAACCCGACAAAAGACGUGUACGUCCAGCUGUAUCUGAAGAACCUGACCGCACAGAACCUCCAGCACGGCGGCGCGGUCAGCCUAGACGCCUUUUCCAGUGACGAGGAGCUGCCUCCGGUCGUGAUCUCCAGCAGGAGUCGGUCCUCUGGAAGAAAAGCUGUGAGGAAAACAGACAAAGUGCGGGCCGUGGAGCUGGACGUGACUGAGCUGACGGACGAGGGUCUGAAGGACGAGCUGCUGAAGCUCGGGGCGGACGUCGGGCCGAUAGUCGCCUCCACUCGUAAAGUGUACGAGAAGAAGCUGCAGAAGCUCCUGGAUAACGGACCCACACAGGUGACGCAGCUGGUGGUCACAGAGAUCCAAGUCAACCACAACGGGAACUCUGAGUCCGACCUGUACAGCGACAAGGAGGACGAGGUGAUACCGGAGCCGGAGCCGGAACCUAUAACUCAGAUUGAACCAGAGCCAGUUCCAGUCGUGGAGAGACCGCUGAGGAGCCGAGGGAAGACGCCUGUGACCACCCGCUCCUCCAGCAGCAAACACAAAGUGAGAAACCAGGAGAUGGACGAGGAAGAUGAGGAAAACUCUGUCCUGAAUGUGAGGCGCAGAUCCCGGAGGUUAUCCAGCAGACCGCAGAUAGUGCCUGAGGAGCUCAGGCCUGUGCUGGCAGAUCAGGUUCAGCUGCAGACUAAGAGGAGGGUUUCUCAAAGACUGGACAGUCCAGCCCGGUCUGUACCUCCCUCCAUCUCAUCCAGACCUGCUCAGCUUCAGGAGGAGGAGCCGGUUCUCCAUCUGCUCAAACCUAGUAAGGACUCGCCUCUGAAAGCAGCCGCUCUGCUUGACACAACUCUGCUGGAGGAGCCUGAACGGAUCCCUGCUGGAUCAGGAUCAGCGGUGAGGUCAAAGAGUGUGCGUGAAGAACAGCGUCCACGACCGGCUGCUCAUCCACUCAGACCCUCCUCUCCUCUGGUCCACCUCACCAACAUGGACCAGGUCACCUUCAGUCCCAUGUGUCACAUCUCACCCAUAAUGAGGCGAGAGUCAUACUGGUCCCAGUCAGACCAGUGUGGGUCCAAACCCAGGAGAGGGGAGGAGCGAGCAGACGCUGUCCUGCAGAAACUGAAGCAGCAGAAAAUCUCAGACGUCCUUUCGUCCCAUGGUGCCGUGAGGACACUGGGCUCUGUGAGACAGCAGGUGGAGAAGAUCGCAGCCAGCGAGCCGCCCCCAAAGGAGGAGGAGAGCAUCGUCCUGAAGGAGCUGUUCCCCAACGACAUCAACAGUCCCACAGGAAUCACCGCCACCUGCAGACGACCCAUCAGAGGAGCAGCCGGUCGUCCCCUGAAGUCCAGUGAUCUGUGGAACGAUGAAAACUCCAUCUUCUCUCCAAAAACCACCAAAACCAGCAGCUCCUCCUCCUACUUCACAGAGAGCCACAUCGUGAACAGAGUGUCCAGCCUGCCCCUCUCAUCCUCCUCUGCCUCCGCCUCCUCCUUCACCUCCUCCUCCUCCUCCAGGCCUCUGGCUGCAGCGCCCCCUGCAGCUCAGACCAAAGCAGCUUCUCGCGGCAUGGCUCUGUGGAAAAAGCUGAUCCUGCUGGCCGUCGUGGCUGCCUUCCUGUUCCUGGUUUAUCAGGCCAUGGAGACCACUAGCACCGCCCCAUUUAAAUCCCAGGAUGCAGAGGUGGCGAGCGGCAGCACGGCGUAGAGAGCAAGAGGUGCUUCGUCUUUUUCUUAACGUGUGAAUCUUCAUGUAGCCGUUUUGUCCGCGGGCGCUGUGAAAUUACCUCUGACAUCUUCGCCCUCCAUAUUUUAUCUUCUGUUUCCCUUCAUUUCUGAAUCAGUGAAUCCUCAGAGACGGGACAGAACUCUUCCGGCGACACUCUGACCUUUGGUUGUGAACGAACUGAACCUCAAACACAAACAGUAGCAUUCACAGAAACGUGGACUCACUUUUAUCACCAGGUUUUUUUUUGUCAUACUCGCAUGGCGUGUGUGUGUGUGUGUGUGUGUGCGUGUGCGUAUGCGUGUGUGUGUGUGUGUAUGUGCGCUGAAUGUGUGUGUGCCUUACUGUCAGUUACUCAUUAACAUCAGACGAUGAACUUUGAAACUGUAUUUAGUUUUUUUUGUACUUCACCUGACCGUCUUUGUUAAAGAGACAGUCACAUUAUAAAUCAAACCUUCUUAAAGUGCUACAUCGAUAUUUUCUUAAUGUUUCUUCUAAUAAAGUGAAAGUCUGUGUACUCUACUUAAUUAUGUAUUCACUGUCACAAAUAUUGAAUAUCCAGUCAAUAAACUAUAACGUUGUUACUGUG